AACGAGGAGACGGUUGCCUCGUGUAUCGCCGGUCUUCUGAUCAGCUAAAUUUAGAAGUCGUGGACGACGCGCAGACCUCGACCUUUCUCGGCCGUGUCGUCCUUCGUCAUCGCGGGCCGCGUCGAGCUCAAGGUGUCCGGCCGGAGCGAUGGCGGGUUCGGAGACGUCGCGUGCCGAGAUCAGCGAAAGACCCUCGGCUAUCGUGCGCAUCGCGUAUCAUCAACUGAGCGUUAUGUGCGGCACCCGCGAUCCCACCGCGCCGAGCACCGCACCCGCGAAAGCCGGCGAGGACGCUCGUGGCAUGAUGUGCACACGUCGACUGCUGGGCCUGCCGGUGUUCGCCACGGUGACUUCGGCGUUCUGCGGCGCGUACAAAGCCGUGCGAGGCUCCCACGAGUCAGUCACGACGAUAUUCGGCCACGCAGAGAAUGGAAUGCGCGCGGGCCUGGAAUUCACCAGCCCCGUCACCGGCAGCAUUGCCAGCCUUCUAGAAACGCCGCUCAAGAUCGUCGACAACGCGAUAUGCGUCGGACUGGAUUUAGUGGAAGAGACGGUACCUUCCGUGAAGCUGCCGCCUGGCGAAAUCUACGGAAACAUGAAGGACAGCAUCAGGAGUAUGUUCACGUCAGCAUUAGAAACCCUCAAGCUUCUGUUUGGCGAACCAAAGGAUCGAAUAGAGGACUCGUCGGUUACAAACGAGACCGCACAGGAAAUCCGAAAAGUGUCUAGCUGAAUGUUAAAGAUAUGACAAGACGUGAUUUGCACUCAGGCUUUCGUCGUGGCGUGUGAUUUUCAAGCCACGAUUCUGCACUGUGGUGUUUAUUUACACUAUAAAACAAAUCUCAAAACAAAUCUAUUUCAGAUAUGCGGUUUGUAACUCGUGUCAAAAUUCAGGAUGGAAUUUCAGCUUGUAUAAAUAGAAUUUUCUCCUGAAAUCGAGCGCGAAUCAUAAGUCUAAUGCCCAAUUUCUUUACUUCCAGAUAGAUUACGGAUAAUUUUAUUCUGGAGAUAUUUUUUAGAUAAAGUUAUCUAAAGGUGAAGAAAUUGAGUAAAAAUUGAUAAAGCGGGUUUUAGCUAUAAAACGUUACGGCCGCGUUUAGAAGAAGUCAGUGCUUUGCGCAGGUUAAAUGGUUCUUUUACGUCUAGAGAAACAGUCCUAUCUCUCAGUUGAGAAAACUUUCAACUAUAUUGCAAAAUAAAUGCAUAAUUCUGCUGAACGCGGUCAUUGCAAUAUAAAAAUAUAGUUAAUUGAACACACAUGAUAACGCAAUCGUCUCGAUGAUAAAUAACAUAAAUGUGAUAAAGUGUUGUAGAAUGGUUGCGUUCAGCAGAGAAAACUGAUCAGUGAGCACUCAGUGAUUCUUCAAUAUGAUCUUGCCUUUAUAUAGUUUCUCUACUUUUUUUCCAAGGGGAUUUUUAAGAUUAACAUUUAUAAUCGGUUCUUCUAUUUAUAUAAGACUGUUUUAAGUCCAGUUUUAAGAUGUUAUGAAUCACCAAUUAUAGAGCCGUAUUGUGUGGCAUAUUAAAAUAUUACUUAAGAUGGUCUUGCAAUAAGAAUAUAUAUA